AUGGCAACGUAUGGUGAGGAGCCAGUCGACAGCUACUUCUAUGCAUCUUACAACCCCUACCUGGGCAGAUACCCCCGGCCUAGAGACGCGGGGUGGAAAUAUAAAAGUUACCUCUCCCACUAUGGAGACUCUUCUGACGCCUUCAACAACCACCAGCGCGCCCAGCUGAAGUCCAUCUUAUCCCAGAUCAAUCCCAAACUCACCCCGAGGCUCCGGAAGGCGAACACCAAGGAUGUGGCGGUGCAGGUCAACCCCAAGAAGGACGCCUCGGUGCAGUGCUCCAUCGGCCCGCGGACCCUGCUGGCUAUGAAGCGGGACUCCCAGCGCAAGAGGCGGCAGGAGCCCGGCGGCAUUGGUAGCCCCAAGGCGGCGGGCGUUGUGCGUUACCCCCGCACCCUAGCGGUGUAUUCCCCCAUAGCGUACCGGAGCGUCACCUCCUUCCUGGUGGAUGAAAACAACAACAAUAAGGAGGCCACCUGCGAGGAGCCGCCCGGGGACCCGCCUGAGGGGGACACCGAGGGGAAGAAGGACGAAGACAACCACGCCAGCGAAGAUGGAAAGACCUUAAAGCUUCCAGAGCAGAACAAAAAGACCAGAAUCAAGCAGCAGGUGAAGAGCGAGGACGGAGAGUCCGCUGCGGAAGAGUCAAAGAUCAGGGCGAGGGUCCGCUUCCAGUUUCUGGAACAGAAGUACGGAUAUUAUCACUGCAGAGAAUGUAAUCUGCGAUGGGAGAGUGCCUAUGUGUGGUGUGUUCAGGGCACCAACAAGGUUUACUUCAAACAGUACUGUAGGAAAUGCCAAAAGGACUUCAACCCGUAUCGCGUUGAGGACAUCACAUGUCAUACUUGCAACAAAGCACGCUGUUGCUGUGCACUAACACAACGGCACGUCGAUCCCAAGAGACCCCACAGACAGGACUUGUGCGGCAGAUGCAAAGGCAAGCGACUGUCCUGCGACAGCACAUUCAGCUUCAAAUACAUCAUCUGA